AUGGAGCAUAAUGGGUCGGCUUCAAAUGCUGAUAAAAUCCACCAGAAUCGCCUGUCGAAUGUGACGGAAGAUGAAGACCAAGAUGCCGCUCUCACCAUUGUGACCGUGCUGGACAAAGUCGCUGCCAUUGUGGACAGCGUGCAGGCCAGCCAGAAGCGGAUAGAGGAGAGACACAGGGUGAUGGAGAAUGCCAUCAAGUCCGUCCAGAUUGACCUGCUCAAGUUUUCACAGUCGCACAGCAACACGGGCUAUGUCAUUAACAAGUUGUUUGAGAAAACCCGGAAGGUCAGUGCUCACAUUAAAGACGUGAAGGCCCGGGUGGAGAAGCAACAAACUCACGUUAAAAAAGUUGAAGCUAAGCAAGAAGAAAUAAUGAAGAAGAACAAAUUCCGUGUGGUCAUAUUCCAGGAGGAGGUUCAGUGUCCGACGUCCCUGUCUGUCGUGAAAGACAGAAGCUUGAUUGAGAGUCCAGGGGAGGAGGACGAAGUCUUCGAUACCCCAGUUGAUCUGUCUUCGGACGAAGAAUAUUUUGUUGAAGAGAGCAGGUCUGCCAGGCUUAGAAAGUCAGGCAAGGAGCGCAUUGAUAACAUCAAAAAGGCCUUUUCCAAAGAAAACAUGCAGAAGACACGGCAGAAUUUUGACAAGAAAGUAAACAGAAUUAGGACUAGAAUAGUGACCCCAGAGAGGAGAGAGCGGCUGAGGCAGUCUGGGGAGAGACUGAGGCAGUCUGGGGAGAGACUGAGGCAGUCGGGGGAGAGGUUUAAGAAAUCUAUUUCCAACGCUGCUCCCUCAAGGGAAGCUUUUAAGAUGCGUGGCCUUCGGAAAACCAAAGACCGUGCAGUGGCUGAGGGUCCAGAAGAGGUCAGGGAGAUGGGGGUGGACAUCAUUGCCAGGGGCGAGGCCCCGGGCCGCAUCGGUGAGCUCUACCCCGAGGCGCUCAGUGAGACAGACCCUGAGGAGGCCAGUGCCGCGCAUCCUCCCCAAGAAGGCAGGGAGAUCUCAACCCCCGAGCCUCUAAAAGUUACUUUUAAACCCCAGGUGAAGGUAGAGGAUGAUGAAUCUCUUUUGCUGGAUUUAAAGCAGUAA